AUGUGUAACGAUAAGCUACACCAAUUUCUUCAUGCUCUUCCGAAAUGUGAGCAUCAUGUUCAUAUAGAGGGUACCAUCUCUCCAGAGCUACUCUUCAGGCUUGCUUCCAAAAACGAGAUAUCUCUUCCAUCAGAUGAUCCAGCCUUCGAAAGCCCAACAACACUCCUAACUCGCUACCAAAAUUUCUCUUCUCUCGACGACUUUUUGCAUUAUUACUUCAUCGGCUUCUCAGUCCUUCUAGGGGCCUCAGACUUUGAGGCACUGACAUAUGACUAUAUCUCUCUUGCAUAUGCACAGAAAGUCUAUCAUGCGGAGAUAUUCUUCGAUCCGCAAGCCCAUAUUUCGCGGGGAGUUCCGUAUCAUACCGUCAUCGCCGGUAUGAAUGCCGCAAAGGAUAGGGCUGCUGUCGAUUUCCCUAAGCUCAGCGUUGAAUUCAUACCCUGCCUGCUUCGUCAUCUUCCGGUGCCAUCAGCACAUGGACUACUCACGGAGCUUCUCGAGUCUGGGCAUUUCUUUGACGGAACACUUGUCGGUUUUGGAAUGUCCAGCACCGAAUUAGGAAAGCAUCCUUCACUUUACAAAUCUGUCUACGAGGUAGCGCAGUCUGCGGGGAUUGCGAAUCUCACGGCACAUUACGGUGAAGAAGGCCCUUCGGAUUAUGUCAAAGACGCGCUGUCAAUUCUCGGUGUGGGACGCAUUGAUCACGGACGGCGCUCCGUGGAGGAUGCAGAGCUCAUUACACAGUUGGCAGAGUCAAAUACAAUGCUGACUCUGUGCCCAAUUUCUAAUGUUGUGUUGAAAGGAGUAGAUAACAUGCAUGAUCUGCCUAUCCGAAAAUUCCUCGACGCAGAUGUCAGAUUCAGCAUCAACAGUGAUGAUCCUGCCUACUUUGGAGGUUACAUACUAGAAAAUUACUGUGCUGUUCAAGAGGCCUUCGAGUUGACAGUGGAUGAUUGGGGGAAGAUUGCUCGAGGAGCAAUAGCGGGAAGCUGGUGCUCUUCAUUAAGGAAAGAGCAGCUUUUGAAAGAGGUUGAUGAUGUGAUGCAACAAUGGAAUUAA